AUGGAAACGGUCAAAUUCGAGGACGAGGGCCCUCUGGCUCCUCUAUUUAAUGCCACAACUUGGCCUGGCCUCUACUCUUCUUUCCUUCCUCUUCAUCACUUCACAUCUCAGUCUCAGUCUCAGUCUCUGCCUCUGUGCCAACAACCUUUUUUUUCUUUCGAGCCUUGUCACUGCGCUUCCAGCUUCACCUCGAGUCAAACUAGUAGCCUUGGCUACUCAGACUGCUUUUUACACCACCCUCCCCCGAAUCUGCCUCCGCCCAUCCUCUCCACCCCCAACAUCUACCGCAGUCUCUACCAAGCCCGCUCCCAUCAAAGCGGAGCCGUUACCAUUUUAUACACACAACUACCUCUCGCGUCUGCCACCUUCAAGCCUCCCUUCAAACAGCAGCUGUGCUUGCUGCUCCUCCUCACCCAGUUGCCAUCACCUCCCCUCUCCUCCACCCCCGGCCACCACCAAGAGACAAUGUCUUCCUCUCCUGUCUCGUCCAGCCGAAAGUCUCCUGCUGCAGGUGCGGCCCAGAAGUCUCCUGCUGCUGAAGUGGGAGGCUCGCUGGGCGGCCUCAGCAGAGUCUUGCCGGCCCAGGCCCGGGCACAGAAGAUCCUCGAGGUGCUCGCCGAGUAUGAGAUCACCUCCCCCGCCCUCAUCCAGAGACUCAUGCCGCUGCCCGUCAGCCGAGAGGAGAAGCGAGCCUUCGUGCGGCUCCUCCGCCUCCACGACGUCUCGUACGCCGACAUCAAGAACCUCGGGGAGCUCAGCACCUCCCUCAGCACCCUCCGCGGCUGGGACCGCAUGAAGAAGCCCGCCGCCGAUCGUCCUCGCACCCCGCGCUGGACCACCAGAGACGUUUUUAUCAUGAAGCAGUCCGUGACCAGGGUCCUCGGGAUGAUGGACAUUGGGUCCCCCGGCUUCUGGCGUCGCGUGGAGGAGGAGAUGGUCAGGGGCGGGGCCUCCCAUCCCUUCUCGGCCCAGGCCAUCGCGGCCAAGUACGACGGCCGAAGUCGGGGUGACAUCGCCCGGCUGAAGGCCAGCACCAGGGCCCAGUAA